AUGAAAGUGCUACGAAACCCCCAAGUUCGUCAUGUGUACAUGCACGUAGACAUUGCUCAGGACUAUGGCGUGCUAAUAACAAUCUGUAUUUGCACAAUAAUUUACGGUGUUGUGCCGGCUAUUGUCUCAAUCCUUAUGGGACUUGUGUUUGAUUUGCUACAAGGGCCUGAAGCUCAGGGUCACGCAGACGUCAAUCACUUGAUGCAUUUGUUAACGCUCAGAAGCAUGGCAAUAUUAGUCACAGGUGUUGCUAGUGCACCAAUAUGUGCUCUUUCCAUAUUUUCAUGGAUGACGCUAGGCGAGAGACAGGCUUUUCGUGUCAGACGAAGAUUGCUGCAUUCGUAUCUUACCAAAAGUAUGGCAUGGUACGACGCCAAUGAACAGCUAUCGGGCGAUUUCACUCAGCUGAAUCGCUGCGUUGAAGAGCUAAGAUCUAGCUCAGCAGAAGCCUCUGGAAUCAUCUUCCAGAAUUUCGUUACUGUUGUAGCGCUUUUGAUUACCGCUUUUUACUAUUCGUGGUCACUGACGCUAGUUAUCAUGGCAAACUCUCCUUUAGUGGUAGGAUUCGCAAUAUUUUGUUCUCGUAAAGUAGAAAAAUAUGCCAAGAAAGAGAACUGUCAGACAUCUAUUGCUGCUGAUGUCAUGGCGUGGGCUUUGAAUGCUGCAAAAAUGAUUCGAUUAUGUGGAACCCAAGAAUUAGAAACAGAGAUAUUCCGCAAAAAUAUUCGUGAGAGUCGUGCUGAAUUCAAUAAGAUGGCACUGUUCUCCUCUCUGAAUUAUGCCAUUCUUAGGUUUCUGACGCUUUGUAUGUUUGUGCAGGGAUUUUGGUAUGGAAAUGCACAGAUAAAAAAUGGGAAACUUACGCCCGGAGAUGUGAUUACUUGCUUUUCAGCUUGUAUUUUACUUGCAAAUACCCUGCACUCGUCCUUCCAAGAAAUUUUGAUAAUCCAAAAGGGAGCGGUUGCCUUACGCAAGGUACUCGAUUUUCUCGAGGAGCCCUGUGACGGAAAUGGGCAAUCCAUGAUAGAUGAGCAGAUCAUUCGUCCUAGGAUCCCACUAUCCUGGCAUCGAGGUGAUAUCGAAUUUCACGAUUUGUCGUUCGCCUAUCCCACAAGGCCGAAUGAAUGGGCCCUCAAAAACGCUAACCUAAAAUUUCCUGGGGGUCAUUUUACAUUUAUUGUCGGGAAAUCCGGUUCUGGUAAAUCAACUAUCAGUAACUUACUUCUUCGCCUAUAUGAACAAAGCCAUGGUACAAUUGAGAUUGACGGCUUGGAUAUCAAAAAAAUUGAUCGGCGGAUGAUUUUACAAAACAUAAUGUUGGUCGAGCAAACUACAUCUCUCUUCAACGAUACCCUCGAGAAAAAUAUCACGUUAGGGAUGAACGUUGAGCCGGACGAGUUGAACCAAGCUUGUCAAAUGUCAAUGCUCGACAUCGUUGUGCGAGAUUUAGCUAGAGGAUUAGAUACAGCGGUUGGGAGUUCGGGUGUCGAUUUGAGUGGUGGUGAAACACAGCGAGUGGCCAUUGCCAGGGCAAGACUACGUGACUUUCCUAUAUUAGUUCUCGACGAGGCACUGAGUGCUCAGGAUCGUGUUCACAAAACGUUACUCUUGGAGGCAAUAAGGCGCUGGAGGGUUGGAAAGACGACGAUCAUAUUAACCCAUGAUUUUAGUGACAUAGCAGAUUUGGACUUCGUUUAUCUGAUGGAUGCAGGCAAGGUCAUAGAAUGUGGACGUAAACAGAGCCUGCUCGAAUCAUGUUCAUCAGAUUUUGCCCAAAUGUAUAGAUACCAGUGCUGCAGGACACCGGCGGACGAUGCAACAACUUUGAGAGAUAAUGAUCAACCGGAUCUAAGAAUGAAGUCCAAAGACAUUAACGCCGAAGUAAACGAACUUUAUUCAGAGAUGGGAUCGCCUUCGACAGUAAAAGCAGACAGCAUCUGCAACAUUGAGGAGUUAAGCGAACCUGUUCGGAGUUCAUUUGACUUGCUGCAAGCAAACAUCAUGCGACACCAUCGCAAGCCGAGACCCAAUGUGGAAAGGAUUGAUUUAAAUGCUAUCUCCAUUUCUACCACCUCGAAUUGCAACGAUCUUGAACAGGGUAAAAAUGAGUGUGAGUUAUUGAGUGUCAAAAAGAUUAUGCUGAAACUACUUACCACCCUUCAAGAUAGAUGGUUGCUGCUUGUUGGACUAGUUACUGCGCUAAUAGCAGGAACUGCAAAUCCGUUAUUCUCGUUCACGUUUUCGAAACUACUGAGUGGGUUAACGUCAUCGCAUCCCGAUCCAGAAGCCACUCAACUUGCUACGAAGUGGUCCUUGGUCGUCUUGCUCGUAGCGCUCCUAGAUUCCAGCUUUACCUUCUUGAAAUGCUAUCUACUUUUGAGAAGUGCCGAGGAUUGGAUCAGGACUUUGCGUCAAUCCGUGUUUGAAAAAAUGGUUAGGCAAGAUUUGAGUUGGUUCAACGAGGCUAGAAACAGUACCUCUAAGAUAACUACCUUGGUAUUAAAUGACCUUAGGGAUUUGAGAGCUUUGGCAUCUGAGUUUUUAGCAGCGUUUACAACCUUGAUAAUUGUCUCAGUGUGCGGCUUAGUGUGGGCCUUUGCAUCUGGAUGGAAAUUAAGCCUCGUUUGCAUAUCAUUGAUUCCUAUCUUCGUCUUAUUCUCAGGAUUUUAUGGCGGGAUGCUUCAAAAAUACGAGGCGGCUUACAAGGCUAGUAUCGCCACGUUGGAAGAUCGCUUCUAUAAUGCUAUCAAGAGAGUCAAAACCAUCAGGUGUUUGCAACUAGAAGAAGUGGUCAUAGGUGAACUUACAAAUCUGGAAUUAUCUUCUAAAAGUUGCGGUCGCAAACGUGCAAUAGGAACUGGAAUCGGAGUCGCUACAUCUAACGCUCUCACGUUUGUAACGCAAGCCAUACUUCUUUAUUUUGGAAUGAAGCUUGUUCUGAUUGGCGAGUAUACAUCCAACAAAAUGCUUGAAACAUUAACGCUUCUGCUUUUCACGAUAAUGACUUCUAUCUCUUUGAUAUCACAAAUUCCUGAAAUUAGCAGAGGACAAAGAGCUGCGACGUAUGUGUUUCAAGUUUUGAAUUCACCUACUGUUGUCGAAUCCACAUCUCUCAACAGGAGAACCAAAGGUAUUUCGGUCGAGGAAAAUUGUUUGCUAGUUGAUAUCCAGGACCUACGGUUCUCCUACCCGUUCGCCAAUGAAUCUUCAAUAUAUCAAAAUAUCAAUCUCAAAAUAUGUCAUCUUGAUACAGUGGCUUUAGUGGGUCGAUCAGGUUCAGGAAAAUCGACGCUUUGGCAUUUGCUGGCACACCUAUAUCCAGUCUCUGAAAACUGCAUUCGUAUUGACGGUACAGAUGUCAACCACUGGGAUGCAGAAGUGUUAAGGAGCCAAAUAGCUGUCGUUGAGCAACAACCUCAAUUUUUUUUGGGCUCUAUUUAUGAUAAUUUAACCUACGGCUUACCGCGCCCCGUUGAUGAUUGUGAACUGGAGGAGCUAUUAAUUAUAUUGGGACUGCAGGAGUUUGUGGAGUCGAUGCCCUGUCAACUCCGCUCACAUGUGGAUACUCAUCUUUUGUCAGGCGGCCAAUUACAAAGGCUCGCCAUAGUCCGAGCAUUGCUGCGCAAACCCAAAUUACUGGUUUUGGAUGAGUGUACUUCGGCGUUGGAUGCGCAACACGGAUUUAUCAUGUCAGAGUUUGUAAAACAAAAUCUCCAGGGCACAACGACAUUAGUUAUCACGCACAGUGAGCAGAUGAUGCGAGCGUGCUCGCGCGUCGUUACAUUUAGAAAGGGCUCAAUCGUGGAAGAUGGAACAUUUGAAUCUCUCGCUCAGAGACAGGGAGGAGAACUCCGUAACAUUUUGUCUCUGGCGGAGGUUUAA